GAAAUGGCGAUCGAGUACGGAUUAGGACUGCAUGGACAGCACAAGAAACGGUCAUUAUGGCUCCCUUUGCUUUCAUAUGGCGGAAUCAGACAGUACGAGAGCAAAGCCAAUAUCUUCGCUCCAUCUGCCAUUGAACAUGAAGCCAAAGCCAUCCCGAAGGUUUAAUUUUCGAUAUUUUUGACCAGAGAGAAUGGCUCCUCCUGCAACUGGAUUAAUCGUUGCUACCGGGCGUCGGUGUCUGUUCAAGCAACUGAUUCAGGAGAGACGGCGUUACUCGGUCGCGUCUGGUUAGCAACAUACAAGCAUCCUUGCCCCUAAUAGUAUAUUCCAGUGACCUCACAGUUUUGCAGGUCCGGGCAGAACAAACUUGUUCUAGACGAUGUUUUGAAGACCAUAUUCUCGGGCUUUAAUGAGGAUAUAUAACCCCGGCUUCACGAAAGUCCAUAUAUACAUAAUUACCCCAUAAUAGCAUUCCAGAUCAGCAGAUACCUGUAUACAGAUAUCUUCCUGAUGACUUCCUGAACUUUGCCAGGCCAAGGAUAUUCCUAAGCAGUUCAGAAAACAGAUUCCCAAAGCUUACUUGGAAGGGAUUGCUGAACCACAACAGCCAUGAUGUUAUCCAUUUAAGUGAUUCAGAGCCAGUUUCCUUUUUCAUACCCCUAUCUACCUUCAUCCAGAUAUCAAGCCUGACAACAUCAUGGUUGACUACUGUGGUGUUCACCAGCAUGCAAGACCUAGG